AUGAUUAUCGACACAUUGAACGAACUGUUUACUCUCAUGACCAUAGCUGGAGCCUGGAGGCCGUUGGAUCAGUUGUCGGUAAAAUAUCGAAUCUACACCGUGACUCGUUUCGUACUGCUGCCGUUGCCGUUCAUCAUUAUCACCGGCAUGAUAUUGGGAUUGAUUUUGAACAAUUCGGAUAAGGACGAGAUGUACACGACGCUUCUGCUCAUGUUGACGGUCGAAAACAACACCAUAAGAGCUGUCGGCUUAUGGAUGAACCGGAAGCACUUGGUUCAAUUGCUCGGCAUGUUGGCCUCGCCCUAUGCUCAGCCGCGAGGAAAAAGCGAGAUCGAAAUUGAAAAAAGUUACAGCGAGUUUUUGAGAAAAUUUUUAAAUUUGAUUUACGUCUGGGUCGGUGGGACCUGGCUCAUUUGGGUGUCACCUCCGUUUUUUCAAAAGAAAGACCAUCGAAACCUGCCGUUGACCGUUUGGUUACCCCACGAAGGUCCGAUACCCGACAGAAUUUUCUGGUGGCUCUGGAUACCGGACGCAGCGUCUUUUCUCAUCUCCAUCAUAUUAAUCAUCGGCCACGACAUCUCGAUCGCGACCGUCAUGAGCUUCGUCAGCUGCCAGUUCGAUUUGCUCGCCCAUCGCGUGAGAUGCAUGACCAUGGAAGCCAAGAGACGAGCUCACAGAAGCUCGAGGUCGAUCGAAGCCUGCGAGAAGGAGGUGAUCGUCGAGAACGUCAAUCACCACCGCUACAUCUUGGAAUUUGCAGAUCUAUUAUCCAAGGGCUACGGUUGCUCGAUGAUCUUUCAAUUUUCCAAUUGUUUCAUUCAACUGACGGCCAACACGUAUCUUUUGGCUAGCACAACGACCAUCGACGUUCAACUUCUGAUGAGGUUGAUUUUUUUAUCCUGCAUGUUUUUGCAAAGCAGCAUCUACUGCUACUUCGGUGAUCACUUGACCAACAAAAGCCGCGAACUGACCUACGCGUUAUUCACUGCCAAUUGGAUGGAUUUGUGCCUGAGAUCGAAAAAAGAUAUUUUAUUCAUGACUGCCAGGACUAUGUAUCCGGUCUACAUUGGCAAAGCAUUUUUCAUCGUUUUAUCUUUAAACUCGUUCGUACAAAUCCUGAGAAUUUCUUAUGGAGUUUUUAAUGUAUUGAGACAAACGUAGAUUUAUUAUGUGUAGAUUAUUCUCUUGUAGACCAAAUACA